AUGCCAUACAAGCACCAGCAGAGCAAUGAUGAUGAAUCAGAUGACAAUGUUUUAACUAACGUAAUCCACCACCGAGCUGGUCACACCACCGAGCUGGUCAGCCACAACACCAACACCGAGUUUUUGACUAUUACUACCACCACCACCCACCACCACCUAAUGGCCGAUAUAUCUAGGGAGGAACGUCUUCAAUUGGCCCUUCAGGCCUAUAAAAAGGGCCAAUUUCCAUCAAUCCAAAAGGCUGCAGAUGCAUUUGACGUGCCUAAAAGCACCUUAAUAACACGUGUCAGUGGGACUACUUCUCGCAAAGAUUCAAUCGCCAAUUGUCGAAAAUUGACAGAGACUGAAGAGAAUACACUUUCAACAUGGAUU